AGGGCCACCAAAGCACCAACAAAAACGAAACAGAAAGUAAAAGUCAAGACUCAAGACCAAGGAAGGAAAGAAAGAAACACUAAGAAAGGAUUUUAUUGAUUUUGAUUUUGAUUUUGUCGGCUCAGUUCAAUGGAGGCCGUUGACGAAAUCAAGCCGAAGACCGGAGAAGAAGAGGAAGGGAAGAAGGAGCCUGAAGUCGGACAGGACGACGCCGGGAUAGGCGAAGCUACUGGAUCUGUUGAUUUGUUGGCGAACAAAACGUUUUUGACCGACAAGACCACCACGCCUAUGUCAAUGCCAACAUCCGGAGCAAACGCUAAUCCAUCUCAGCUUACAAUCUUCUAUGGUGGAAAUGUUUGUGUAUUUGAUUCAAUUCCGGCAGAAAAGGUUCGUGAAAUUAUGCUUAUUGCCUCCGCUGCUGCCGCUGCCGCUACUAACUCUGGUGACAUGAAAAACAUUGGUAUCAACUGUCCUACCCCUUCACCAGUUCUAACAAGGUCUCCCUCACUUCUGAGUACUGCAUCUCCUUUGGGUUCUCCACGGGUGGCUCCACAUCCUAUGCAGAGGAACUCUUCCUUUUGCAAGUUGCAAGCUGAAUUACCAAUUGCAAGGAGACAUUCCCUUCAGAAAUUUUUUGAGAAGCGACGAGACAGGUUGGUGAGCAAGAAUCCUUAUCCUGCUCAAUCCGGGACAAAAAAUUCUGACAUUGUGACAGCCAACCUCAGUACUGAAACUUCAGCAGAUGCAGGUUACUUUGAAAAAUCUCCCAUGCCUCCAGAAGAAUUACAAGCUAAAUCUGCAGUUCAAAUGAGCUGCAUUUAAGCCUCUAGAAGGCUGUAGUAAAUAAUGGAAAACUUAAUUUGUCUGAGAUAUUCUAAACUUGGCAGUAUUAUUCUUGUAAGAUUGCAAAGCACACUAGGUGUGAUGAUGUUUGAAUUGCCUUUGGACUUCAAUGGGGAUAACAUGUGCUCAAUUUCUCAUCUGUUACUGACAGAAACAGAAAUGUCUCGUGGUAGGCUUAUUUGGGUAUGUAUUUCUCUCAAUGAUUGCUUACCAUGCUGGCAAUAGAGAAUUUGAGCACGUCUGCUUAUAUUUAAUCCAAGGGCAGUUGAAAUGUCUUUUAAACCCAUGCGACUGACUUGUUAAUUGCCCAUGUCUGAUGUCUGCCUGACAAUGUCAAACUGAUUAUCUGUCACUGUCUGUUUGACAAACAGAUAUUCGUGUAUUUGUUGGAUGAUUUGAUUCUAUGAAGUGUCUUUGUUAGUUGUGCGGA